GCCGAACGAUUGACAGGAUCUAUGCUCAGUAGAAGACUGACUUAAUGCACCAUUCUCAGCGAUAGCCUGCAUACGUGGAAUUGUGAUGCCUGCAUUGUGAUACAGUACGUGACAGUCAUUGCGUCAUGGAACCUGUCACCUGUAACAGCCUCUCGUGCACUGCCAGAUGAAGACUGAGUGAAUGAUAAGAAGCUCAUCAAUGAUACGUUUCAUCAUCUGAGUCACAGCAACCUUCGCAGCGGUAUCCUGCCAUGUUGCUUGGACCGUGCAUCAGUUAUCAAAUUCAAGUUCCACAGCAAUAAACUCUCACUAAACCUGUUCAUAUCAUUUCUCCUAGAAUAGCUGCAGGUUUAAUAUUUUGUAUUGACUUCACAAUGGCUGAACUUGGUUUCACUGUCGACAAUGCAAAAUCUGCCCGAUCACUUUGUAGACAUUGUGACGAGUAUAUUGACAAGAAAGCACUAAGAAUUGGUAAAUUUGUUAAGAACUUUUAUGAUGAAGAUGAUGAAGGGUGGGGGGAUCUGACCUAUUGGCACCAUGCUGUGUGCAUGUUUAAGGCGUUCGACCAGGACAAACCAAAGGACAAGAAGAUCAAGUCUCCCGAUGAUAUGUAUUGUUUUAAUCAGCUAAACCAGGAAGAUAAGAAGACCAUACUGAAACUAAUCAAUGAUGCUAAUGUGAAGUGGGACAACUUAUUCCGACAGUUCCGUUGUCUCUGUGCAAAGUUAUCUGACGAAGACACUGGUGCUGGCAAGACGGCCAUCGUGUCGGACUUCCUCAAGAAGGGAAAUGCCGGCACUGGCUUCAAGGGCGAUGUCUAUCUGUUGAUGAAGUUCUUGUUGCCUGGUGUUGUGAAGACCGUGUAUAACCUCAACGACAAAGACCUUAUCAAGUUAUUCAGUCAGAUAUUUGGUACAAAUCUUAAAGCAAUGGAAGAGGAUCUAGAGCAGGGCGACGUGUCUGAAACAGUCAGGGUGUGUUUUGAUAAAAGCAAAACAGUGACACCAUUGAAGAAGAGUGUCCUUACCUUACAAGAGGCAGACGACCUCCUGACUUCUUUGUCUCAAGUCACAAAGGAGAGUGAACAAUACAAGAUACUCACAAAAAUUGUUGCAAGAUGUACCAGCAAUGAUCUGAUGAUGGUGGUUCGCCUCAUCACACAUGACCUUGGCAUCAACGCAAAGGCAAAAUAUAUUUUAAGAGGUCUUCACCCUGAUGCUUACAAAGCAUUCCAGGUCUCUCAAAACCUGAAGGACGUCGUGGAGAGGGUUCAGUCUAACACAUUACACAGCAUGGCAGGCAUGAAGAAGAAGGAGAAGACUGACAAAAAGACUGGACACGAUCACAGUAAAAGUGAAGGCGCAAAGCAAGGCAUCAGUGGCAGUAGUGACAGCGUGGAUGUUGGUGUCUCCAAGAAGAAAACACCGGUCAAGAGACCGACAGAGGAUGAAGGGCAGACAACUCCUUCCAAAAAGUGCAAGACAGCACCAUCAGCCAGCCCCUCCAUGUCCAACAUCUUCACAGACUGCAAGAUAUUCCUGCCUGAAACCACAGACAAGUUCAAGGAGCUCAAGCAGUAUAUAAUAGAUUUUGACGGGGAAGUUUUGGACGAGACCAGCAAGGGAUCAGCUACACAUAUUGUCUCUUCUAAAGGAAAGAUUAGCACCAGUGGUAGCAAGGCCAAGGUCGUGACCCCUGACUGGCUGUGGCAGUCAAUCAAGAAGAAACAGCUUGCAUCUACUGAGGAGUUCAAGCCCUGAACAGGGACAUUCAGACUUUUAUUAUGGUUUACAUACAAAAAACCUUGGCAAUACGUGUGUUUGUUGGUGUUUACUCACAUGCAAAGGAUUCACAUGAAGGUCUGAUGUAAAUGUAAUAAAAUUUGGUACAGUGCAGUUGGUAGCAAGAACAACAUACAUGUUCAUUUUUGUGCAAGUUUUACUUUGUUUAUUCCCACCAAUGAUUACACUAGACUUGUUCUAAAGAUCA